ACUGAUUCAUUUCCAAGAUAAAUAAAAAACCUAGGUAUGGUUUCUAUAGACAUGUAUCCUUGAAAUUGCUAAAGAAAGGAAUUGCCUCUUUAUUGGGAAAUGCUAAAUCCAGAGGUAGGGUGUUGCAGCUGAUGAAUUAGCUAAACAACUUACCACUUUGGAUUUUGUAUCAAAUAUAUCAAAUUCCUUUCCACCUACAAAUAUGGCAGGUUAUUUCAUUUUUGUGUUCUACAUUUCCCCUUAACCCUAGCUCUAUUUUCCAGAAGGAUAGGAGAAAGACAUUAGCCAUAAAGUAAAGGACCAUAAUAAUAUGCUCAGUAUAACAUCCUGGAAAGAGCUUACAAUUUCGUUGCUUUUUGGCGCGUUGUUUUCUCAUUCUUUUGUCAGCAGUUUCACCAUUACUAACAAUUGCCCGUAUACAAUAUGGCCUGGAACAUUGUCUGGUUCCUCAUCUCCUCAACUUUCCACGACAGGUUUUCAAUUGAAUGCUGGCCAAAGUGUCAGGAUUCCAAGUGUUGCGGGAUGGUCAGGUCGUAUUUGGGCAAGAACUGGCUGCACUUUUGAUGCGUCUGGUGUUGGCUCUUGUCAAACAGGUGACUGUGGUGGUAGGCUUGAAUGUGAUGGCCUUGGUGCCACACCACCUGCCUCUCUCUUCGAGAUAACUCUAGGGACGGGAGACACCAAAGAUUUCUACGAUGUCAGCAUCGUUGAUGGUUAUAAUCUGCCAAUCGUUGCAACACCACAGGGAGUCCAUGGUGGAUGCAAUGCCACUGGUUGUGUUUCCAAUAUUAACAUGGGUUGUCCGAAAGAACUUCAAGUAGUGGGGGGAGAUGGAGGAGGAAAUGUAGUAGCAUGCAAGAGUGCAUGUGAGGCCUUUGGUUUAGACCAAUAUUGCUGUGCAGGAGAGUUUGCCAAUCCAACAACUUGUCGUCCAUCAUUCUAUUCCAGCAUCUUUAAAAGAGCUUGUCCAAGGGCUUAUAGCUAUGCAUAUGAUGAUGGCACCAGCACCUUUACGUGCAAGGCUUCCGACUACAGAGUCAUCUUCUGCCCCAUGAAUGGGAUGAAGAGACCCAACAGUGGAGAAACAACUCUACCUAUUGAAGAAAGUAGAAUGGAGAAGUUCCCAGGGAUGGUCUCAUCGUCAAACAUUCUCCUUCCCUUCCCCGUGCUGAUUACACUGCUAUUUCAGUUUGUAUCUCUAUAAAUAAGUUAAAAACAGCAUAAAUCAGGAUAUGAUUUGGCGUACAACAAGAGAACUGAGUAGAAUUUGACUGGAUAUAUGACAAAGUUAAGGAAUGUUAUCUCGAGAAAUAGCUGGGCAUUCCUGAGGAAACUUAUAGCAAAACCAAUACAAAUGGCAACUUAUUUACAA